AUGGGGUUUUAUGAGAAGUUCCUGUCCUCAUCUAAACAACGCAAGCAAGACAAAAAAAACAAAAAUACCAAAGAAUACGAAGGCACAAACAAAGGCAAAGGACGAUCUUUGCUCCAUAUCACCAGCUCAUCAGUCCGCAGUUCAGAUCUCCCACCUGCCUACUCAGAAACCGUUACAGUCGAAAGUCCCCUUGAUGAGUCACAGUAUGACUUCCUGGGUGUUUUCGACACGAUAUUCCUGGUAGAUGACAGCUCAAGUAUGAGAAUAGACGGAAGGUGGGCCGAAGCCGGCAAAGCCAUAGCCGCCAUCGCACCAAUUUGCACAAAAUAUGACCAGGACGGAAUCGACAUCUACUUCCUCAACCACAAAAAAGGAAACCAUACUUCUCGUGGUCUUCGCGCCGGUGGAUAUCAAAAUGUCACGACCAAGGAAGAGGUAGAGAAAAUAUUCCGCGAUGUGGCACCCAACGGUCAAACCUGGGUGGGUACUCGGCUCAACGAUAUUUUGGAGCCAUACAUACACCGUGUGAAAUUGAUGCACGAGAUGAAGAAAUCAAACGGCAGCUUCAGUUUCAAUAUGGAUGUUAAGCCGAUUAAUAUCAUCACCAUCACUGAUGGGAGGUUCACGGAUGAGGCGGAGGGAAUUAUCAUGCAGACGGCUAAGACGCUGGACGCCUGUUCUGCUAUUCCGUGGCAGGUUGGGAUUCAGUUUUUCCAAGUUGGAAAUGAUCCAAAGGCAACUUCCUAUUUAGUGCAAUUGGAUAAUGAGCUGAGUGAAAUGGGACAGUCAGAAAAAGUGAGGGAUAUAGUUGAUACUGUUAUUUGGAAGAAGAACGGUGUUUCCUUGAAUAGUGAGGGGAUUUUGAAAACGGUUCUUGGGGCUGUCAAUAAGAAGUGGGAUAGGACAGAAGUUUGA